AAAAAGCUCAAGAAAAAUCCGGGAAUUCUGUGCGACAGUCCGAUCGAAGGCAACAUUUAUAUGUUGACCGUAGGGCUCAGCCACGCUCGCCAGACUGCUUGCUCGCCAGCCCUCAGACCCUCUCCUAUCCUUCUUCCUUCUCAGACCUAAAUUCCCUCUCAUCUCCUUUCCUUUCCUCUAUAUUGCUACGACUUACAGGAGAUAUGAUUAAGCUGUUUAAAGUUAAGGAGAAGCAGAGAGAACUUGCUGAAAAUGCUAGUAAUGGGGUACCUAUAAAGAAGCAAAGUGCUGGAGAACUACGUCUUCACAAAGAUAUUAGUGAGCUGAAUCUACCAAAAUCAUGUAGCAUAACCUUUCCCAAUGGCAAGGAUGACCUGAUGAACUUUGAAGUGUCAAUACGACCAGAUGAGGGAUAUUAUUUAGGAGGCACAUUUUUGUUCUCCUUUACAGUUUCCCCCAUCUAUCCGCAUGAAGCCCCGAAGGUCAAGUGCAGGACAAAGGUCUACCAUCCAAACAUCGACUUGGAAGGAAACGUCUGCCUCAACAUCUUACGAGAAGAUUGGAAACCUGUUCUCAAUAUUAACACUGUUAUUUAUGGACUCUACCAUCUGUUCACGGAACCAAACGAUGAGGAUCCUCUGAAUCAUGAUGCUGCUGCAGUUUUAAGAGAUAAUCCGAAGUUAUUCGAAUCUAAUGUGAGAAGGGCUAUGGCUGGGGGUUACGUGGGGCCAACCUUUUUCCCACGCUCCAAAGGCAUGCCAUGACGGAGGGGGGGAGGCAAGUGUUCGAAGACUGAUUUUGUAGAAACUUCCAAAUUUGUCUCUCAUCCCUACUGCUUGUGUUUCAGAAGGAACAUGCAAGUGGUGAAUGCUGAGGUAAUGAAAGUUCCUUGUGUGUCCUCCUUGAAAACUUUGGAAGUUGGAUCAUAUGGUAGAAAUCUUGAAUGCUUUGGGAAAUAAUCUCCCAUCAUUUCUCUAAUUUUUCUUAAGCUUUGAAGAUUUCAUUGAAGAACGUAAUGUCACUUAAUCAUUUGAGUUUGAGUUGAAGUAUUUGUUUUG